UCUUUCCUCUUGUUUUUUACUCAACAUUACUUCUUUAAUAUGCUUAACCUUAUUAUAGCAGCCAUACAGGUAAAUUAUAAAUGCUUUCUUCAAUUGAUUUUGACAAGGUGGAUUAGGCUAUCAUGCAAGUCAUGGUGGUUGUAUUUUGUGGUAGUAUCCUAGCAAAGUAUGGAUAUUUCUCCAUGGAUAAACAAAAGUGGCUAUCCAAAUUAAACUUGGUCUUCUUUACACCCUGUCUUUUGUUCUCCAAUAUUUCUUCUAUUAUCUCAUUUGAAAAACUUUUGGCUUUUUGGCCCAUCCCUUGUUUCUAUCUUCUUUAUGCUAUUUUAAACUAUAUGAGUAGCCAAAUUGUGACUCGAUUGGUGGGUUUAAGUCCAGCUUAUCGUCGCUUUGUUUUGGCCUGUGUUAUGUUUUCCAAUUCGAAUUCAUUGCCGAUCGCCAUUAUCUCCAGUUUGUCUGUGUCUGAAGCUGCCCAUAUUUUGUUCUGGAAUACAGAAGAUACGCCUGAAGCUGUGGCUGCAAGAGGUAUUUCCUAUACUCUGUUUUUUGCUAUCUUUGGUAAUUUGAUUCGCUGGUCUUACGGCUACCAACUGUUACAGAAACACGAAGACGACGAUGAUAAUUCAACCGUCCGUGGCCCUGACGAAGAAGAGCAAGUUCAGCCUACUUCUUACCAAUCAUUUGAUAGACGUUUUUCUUCUUCUGCUUCUUCUUCUUCAAGUGGCGACUAUCUUCAGACAAGUAAUAGUAUGUCUUCAAGACAAUUAAGUGCAGUCACCAUUUCAGUUGAUGCAGAUGAAAACACAAAUUUAUUGCCUCAAAACAAAAAACAAAACAAGAACACAACAGAACAACAACAACAACAAAAACAACAACAAAGCGGUCUGUUGAGAUCUGUCGCUAAACGCAUCAAUGGUUUCAUGUCCCCACCUCUUUAUGCUGCCUUUUUGGCUCUUACAGUAGGCCUUUCGCCUCUUAAGCCCAUCUUGUACAACAAACAAUCCUUCUUGUACCCCUCAUUCACAAAAGCCAUCGAAGGUUGUGGUAAGGCUGCUGUUCCCCUCAUCUUGACCUGUUUAGGUGCACAACUUGUCGGUAUUUCUCAAUCUGCACAACCAGCUUCUUCACAAAUGAAGAAGCCAGUUGCAACUGCAAUUGCUGUUCGUAUGAUCUUGAUGCCCUUUUUAGUUGUACCUGCUGUUGUUUUGUUUGUCAUGUUUGGUUCUUCUUGGUCGAGCUUAGCAAGUGAUCCUGUAUUUAUCACUAUGAUGAUCGUUCUUGGAUGUACACCUACUGCCAUCAACCUUGUACAAAUUACUCAGGUCAACAACAUUUUUGAAGAAGAAAUGUUACGUAUGUUAUUUUGGAGUUAUGGUGUUGUCUGUAUUCCUGUCUGUACCUUUGUCGUCUUCUUAGCUUUGAAUGUUGUGGAUAGAUUGUUCUAAUAAGAAGGAUUUUGUGUAUAGAUUUGUAUGGAUACCCCCCUCCCAUGAUGAAAAUAAACUCGCAUACAUACAAACUCUCUUUAUUUAGUAAUUUGAGCUUGGAGGAGUACAUGAUACAAUAGAAACAAUAUGAUAUUCUGUGGCACAAUACUUGUGUUUGCGCUUAUUUUUAUCGUUUUCUGUGAGCCGAAGACAAACACUGUCUGAAACCAAAUCGAAACAGUUUACCAAUGAACUCGGCCUUCUUUGAAUGUUUCUUUAAACACCAGCUUCUCCAAUCAUAUGUUCUGCAUGGACCUUUUUUCUUUUCUUUGUAGUUAGUUUCAAGACGUCGGUCAAUUCAGGUCUUUUACAUCAUAAACCAAAUGCCUGCAAAAAGUGUCUUAUUUGUUUUUUUAUGAAAAGCCCUUGUUUAUGAAUGCGGC